ACGACAAAAAUGACAACGAAAAACGAAGAUAAUUUAAUGAUCAACACUGGAUUAAUGAAAAUAACUGGAUUAUACCAUGUACUGGAUUCACGGAGCCUAAAAAUCUUUGGUCACAACGUGUUUAAAUGCUUGUCUGUAGUUCAAAUGUCGAGUCUUAUAUUGUUGACGAUUAUAUUUCCUGCAAACAUAUAUUAUUUUUCGAAUGACAUUAAUGUAGUAAUGCAGUAUUUGAUGUUACUAACAUCCGAUAUGAUCUCGAUUCUUAAACUCUAUGUCACAAUCGUAAAUUCAGAUACGAUAUGGAACUGUAUACAAAUGACAUCCAUCGACAACCUGUCUUAUAAGUAUCACGAUAGACGCAUGCUCAGAGAUGGACAAUUGAAGUCCAAAUCGUAUUCUAUACUAAUUAUGUUUAUGUGGAUGAAUCUCAUGUUAUCUUGGGGAUUGGCUCCUUUGUUUGUCACAAACUAUUUUUUAGAAACACAAGUCGAAAAUAAAAUUUACCGUUACCGCUUUAACAUAUUGAGUUUCGCAUUCCCUGUUACCGAUCAAUUCUACAACGACAAUUUUAUGAUUUAUUACUAUAUAGAAUUUGUCUAUCUGAUACUGUGGUGCCAUUGCACAAUGAAUUUCGAUAUAUUAUUGCUGUCGAUGAACAUUACGUUCAAAUAUCAGUUGAAAACUAUUGCGAAUUCUUUCAGUACGUUCAACAUUACACAUUACGUUAAGAAUAAUCUCACAAAAAAUGUUAAACACCGCAAAGAAUCGGAAUUGAUGUCUGAUUUCAAGAGUAUGAUAUACGAUCAACAACGUAUCAUUGAAAACAUGAGAAAUAUUUACCGAAUAUUUCAACCCGUAAUACUUACUCAACUAGCUUCCGAGUCUAUAAUAAUAAUUCUACUGUCCUGUAUCAUAAUGAUGAACUAUUUUAAUGGUAUAUCGUUGAUAUCGGCAAUGAACUUGAGACUAUUUGCAGCAGUAUUGACGUUUACAUUCCACAUUUAUGUUAUCUGCUACUUAUUUGACGAUGUCAACCAACAAAAAGAUUCGAUAAACUUUGCUCUGUAUAGCAGUGAUUGGACGCAAAGCAAUGCACAACAUAAACAUCUACUACUACACGCCAUGCGGAUGAAUAACGCCGAAAAUCUGAGACUACAAGUGACAAGAAAAAGAAUAGUUAAUUUCAAAAUGUUUACUGAUAUCAUGCGGAAAGCGUAUUCAAUACUAUCAGUGUUGGGAAAGAUGUGUGCAAAGAAAGCGUAGACGAUAUCAUUAUACCGAAACUAUUUAAUUGUGACCUGUGGGCAUUGUAUUUAAAUUUUCGAACAUAAUAAUAUUAUACUAUUAUCUAGUUGUCUAGAAUCUUUCAAAAUGUUCACCCAAAAUAGAAUAGCAUUUUUAGUCUUGUAGAUAAUAAACAUAUGGUAGGUUUUGGCGUCGGGCAUCAAAUAUUAAAAAAAACGCAUGUGUACCAAAUACCGGCUUAUUAAACUUAUAAAACAUAUAAAAUAUAAUCAAAAUUCAAAGAAUAAACAUGACUGCAAGAAGUAUACCUACGUCAACACGAGCACGUCCUAGACUGACGCUCACAACACCGAUACAUAAACACAAUUGUACGCUGCAGGUCAUAGAGCAGUUAUGUUAAACCA